CACAGAUUCCAUUCGGACUUCGCCCCACUACAUUCCGCAUCUACAUCUUUAACAAGUGUGGGUAACUCUCUUUCUGCCGAUGCACAAUCCGAUCAUCCAGAAAAACAACAGAAGCCGGCUGUCUAUUCGACUGUAGCUACACAAACACAAAUCAGCGAACAACCGAAGUGCAAUAAACUGCAAUCAACUAUCAAUGUUCUUAGUGAAAUGGUUGGCCUCAAAGCCGAGAAUGUGCGUUUGUUUGCUUUAUUACAGUCGAUGCAUGACGACAAGAACAUCUUGCUCGGAAAAGUCGAGAGUCUUCAAAUUCGUGCUAUGCAGAGCAUGUUGAGACAUAACUUUGCUUCUCCUGCAGUGAGUGUUGGCGCUGUUGAUUUGCCUGAUUUCUCGCCUGUUAAUACUCUUAGAAAUUGCCCUCUCUCUACUACUGCUUCUCCCGACGCGUCUACUUCAAACGCUGUCGCUGCCGCUGCUGCUGCUGAUGUAUCUAUCGGUAAUUCUCUUUCACCUGCUAAUUCGCUUCUGUCUACUGCUACGCAACGCUCCAACGCUUUGUCAAAUAAACGAACUAAUGUUUUGUCUAAGAAAUCCGACGCGUCAACUUCAAUCGCCGACGCUGCCUCUGCUGCUGCUGGCGGUUCGUCUAAGAAAUUAUCUUAUUCUGACGCUGUUGUUCUUGGCGCUACUGUACUAAUGCCGGCACCGAAUUCAUCGUCUUCUACCGUUCACGCAUCUGAGUUGAAGCAGCGUACCAUUGCUGGCUCCAGCUCAAACUCUGAAUUGAAAGUUGCUGAUAGUAUGAAGUGGCUGCACUUAUCAUCAUUUCAGCCAUCUGUCACUGCUGAUGACAUAAUUGAGUACGUAUCAAAUCAUGCCAAUAUUAGUAAGGGCCAGCAUUUAUGCAAUCAUUUAAUCAAAAAUAAUGUUGAUCAUAAUUCCAUUCGGAGAGUGAACUUCAAACUUGGUGCUCCAAGCUCGUUCUAUGCAAAUCUGAUGUCAGCUGAUCUUUGGCCGGUGGGUGUAAACGUACGUCCCUUUCGUUUUUUACUGAGAGGGGGAAACCAACAGAAAGCUUUGUAACGAACUACAGAAAUUCGUCACAAUCUAAAAAAAAAAUUAAUGUCUACUUUCAAAAUGCUUCUGGACUUAGAACUAAAUCGCAUGAGGUUAAACGUUAUAGCUCGCAGUUGGAGUACGACGUCUUUGUCAUAGUUGAGACAUGGUUAAAUGAUAAUUUCUCUGAUGAGUUUUUUGACAACAAUCCUUUUGUCGUCUAUCGUAACGACAGAGAUUCCAAUAAAACGGGUCGUGCUAGAGGUGGUGGGGUUUUAAUUGCUGUGCAGCGCAAGUAUCGUGCGUCGCUGAUAACACUGGAUAAUGACGACUCCCUACUAGACCUGCUGUGUGUCAGUGUGACCAGCUCUAAUUUAUCUGAUACGUUAUUCAUAGUUGCCUCAUACAUUCCACCUAAUAGUGCGGAUAAUCUGUAUAGUGCGCAUGCUGAUAACAUUGUAUCCUUAGCUGUUAAUAAAUGAGGUGACAAUUAUAUCUUUAUAUUGGGAGAUUUUAAUCUUUGUAAUCUUAAUUGGUCUCAAAACUAUUGUAACUCUGGUCUUAUUCCUACUAAUAUCUGCACCCUAUAUGAAUCUCAUUUUAUUGAUAAUAAAUUAUGUUUAAAUCUACUUCAAGUAAAUAACUUCAAGAACAAGCUCAAUAUAAUUUUGGAUCUAAUCUUUGUCAGUGAUACCAUAAACUUUAGUGUGUCUGAGUGUCUCUCUCUAGUCUCGCCUCCGGAUAUGCAUCAUGUUCCUUUAGUACUCAAGGUUGAAUUCUAUGAGUUUGCCUCUGGAAGCACCAGCGAUAAAAUUGCUUUCAAUUACUCCUUAUGUGAUUUUGUGAAUCUCAACAGUUUAUUCGCCGAAGUCAGUUGGGAGGAACUGCUCUCUAGUACUGAUGUCUCUGAAUGUUUUGAUACUUUCAGAUCAGUUGGAUACGAAGUGUUUAAAAAUAAUAUUCCUGUCCGCAAAAGAAAACCAUAGAAGCUACCAUGGUACACUAUGCGUUUGAAGAAGCUUAAGAAUCUUAGGAAUAAGUUCCUUAAAAAGUUUAAAUCCACCAAUAACCAGUUGUUUUAUGACAAGUAUCGCCAAUAUCUGAAAGAAUUCAAAUUGUUUAGAUAAAUUUUUAUACAGAAACUAUAUCUUCAAUUUCGAAAAUAAUAUUCAUUCAGACCCUAAGGCCUUCUGGAAAUUCAUAAAAUCAAAAAAAGGGUGCUCCACAAUACCAUCCACAGUAUUCUUGAACGGAAAAUUCACACGCAAUCCUCCAGAGGCUGCUAACUUACUUGCUGAUUUCUUCAAAUCAAACUAUGAUUGUGAAGAUGACCUUUCCUGGGAUGCUUUCUCAUCUGGCUUUAAGUCCACAUGUGGUUUCGGAUUACUGACUCUCUCAAAUGAUGAUAUUUCAACUGGAGUCUUAGAGCUCAAAUCCUCUUCCCAAACGGAUGUGGAUGGCCUCUCGGCUCUCUUGUUAAAAAACUGUGCUGCUAUGGUACUUCCGUUGAAAAUCAUUUUUAAUAAAUCGCUGUCUUUGGGGGUAUUCAUUGAUGCCUGGAAACUGUCAUCCAUAACUCCUAUCUUCAAAUGCGGGAAUAAAAAUUAUGUAACUAAUUAUAGACCGAUCUCGAAACUUUCCAAUGUGUCUAAGCUUUUCGAAUGUGUCAUCAAAGACAAGAUAUAUUUUUCUGUUAAGAGUCUAAUUUGUCCGAAUCAGCAUGGGUUCGUCUCCGGUAGUUCUAUAGUCACUAAUCUGGCAGUUUUUAGUGAGUACUGUAUCUCUACAUUUUCUGCCGUAUAUCAAGUUGAUUGUAUUUACACCGAUUUUUCUAAAGCCUUCGAUAAGGUUUCACAUGCGAUCUUGAUUGACAAACUGGCUUCCAUAGGUUUUCAUUCUACUUUUCUGCAAUGGCUUAGGUCUUAUCUUAAACGUAGGCACUGUGUUGUUACUGUGGAUGAUACUUAAUAAGAACCUUUUAUUGCUACUUCAGGUGUUCCACAGGAUAGCAUUCUAGGUCCAUUGCUUUUUGUAUUGUUCAUUAACGACAUUGGUUCUAGUUUCUCCUUCGCUAAUUUUCUUUUGUACGCAGAUGAUUUAAAAAUCUACUAAAUUGUUAAGAACUCCGCUGACUUAUUGAAACUCCAAUCCGAGCUGGAUAAUUUAUAUUCGUCGUGCUUGAACUCACAUCUUUUUUUGAAUAUUAAUAAAUGCUUUUAUGUUUCGUUCUCUAAGUCACGUAACUUAUUAAAAACUGGAUACAGCAUCUCUAAUUGUAGCUUGCAGGCGGUAAAUGAAAUCAAGGAUCUUGGUGUUGUCUUUGAUACUAAAUUUUCAUUUACCAGCCAUAUUGAUUUUAUUAAUUCUAAAGCUUAUUCAAUGCUUGGCUUUGUACGGCGGAAUAGCUCUGAAUUUUCCGAUCCUUACACUUUAAAACUUCUAUAUAACUCCCAUGUGCGAUCUCACUUGGAGUAUGCAGCAAUAAUCUGGCGUCCUUUUCACCAGUUUCAUAUUAAUAGGAUUGAACGAAUUCGGAAGGUGUUUCUCAAAAUCGCCUUACGUUCAGUACGCUUCUCAGAUCCUCUACCUUCAUAUAAUGCGCGCUUAUUGCUUAUCAAUUUGAAAACGUUGGAUAAAAGGAGGUCAAUAUUAUCUUUAAUUUUUAUUUUUUGCAUUGUCCAAGGAAUUUCUGACUGCCCACAGCUUUUAGGAAGAAUAAAUUUUAAUGUUCCGCGGUAUCUUCGUGCCUCCCUCCCAUUCUAUGCUGACAAUGUGAGUACAAAUUAUGCCCGUAAUGCGCCCAUCGCGCGGGCUCUUAAUGAAUUUAACCAGAUUUCCAGUUCUAUCGACCUUGAUUUUUCGUUGCCGAGAACAGCCUUUACUAACCUCUUAAAUAAAAUACCCUAGUUUAAGCUUUAUUGUUAUAUAGUCUGUAAGAAAUUAUUGUUUCAUAGACUAAUUGAAUUGAAUAAAU